AUGAUUAUCCCUUUAAAUUAUUUUCCUUCUUCUUCAAUUACUUUCAAGGAUGAAAAUGAGACGGUGAUUAAAAAUAAUACUUUUGGAGAAGCAAAAAUGACCACUAAAAAAUUUAAAAGGAAUGGACAAUUAAUGGAGGUGAUUUAUCAAAAAAAUUAA